GCGUUUUCAUCGUCAUCAUCACUCUUUCUCUUUUUUUUUUUUUUCUUUCUCUCUCUCCGAUUCUCUCCCCAGUUUUCUUGCAGAUGCAUUACACCAUGAACGGUGAUUCCGAGGCGGAGAUGAUGGAUACGGACUCGAGUAAGACUUUCGUUCUUGACAAGCCCACCACCCCCAGGGAUGAUUUCCUCGCCGCCGCUCGGAGGCUCGUCGAUCAAGGCGAGCCAUCUCAAGCUCUCCAAGCGGUAGUGAUGGCAAUGAGAACCCAAGGAGGAGAUGAGGCGGUCCUUCAUAUACUCAACCGUACCCGUGAACUUUACAAGCGCCGAAUCCAAGAAACAGCUAGUAUAGAUCAGCUGGCUUCUAUAUUUGCUGAGUGCGCCAUUACAGAAGCACAGCCGCUUGGACACGAGCCAACAUCAACGGACUUAUUUGGCACCAAAGAAAGAGUUACAACAGAUGCUCGUGGCAUAUCUAUUCUGGAAAAGAGCGGGAGGUCGCAGAUCAUGCUUGAUGCCUUUGCUGACGGAAGCAGCUUUAUCUGUUUGCAAUGCGGUGGUCUGGUGAGCACCCAUAGGAGAGAUGAACACUAUGCGUACUGGUGUAGCAAUAUGUGAAACACACGGAUGCUCUUUUUUUGUUGGGCAUGACAUGAGAAGCUAAUGGUAUCUUGCUUCUUGCUUGUAAUAUCUGGGUGUUAAUUGUUGUUGUUGUUGAUCUUUGAAGGCAAUGGGAGAUGUAUAACACUUACAGAAUCUGUCUCACACAUUAGCAUCCUAGACUUGUAAUGUUUCUGAUGCUUAUCAAUAAAAGCUUCAAGAAAAGACAUUGAAUGA